GUAGAUUUCAAUCUUGUUUUUUCUAAAUCUCAUUUUUUGUAAUAUUCGUAGUCGAUAUUAAAGCAAAGUGGACACUCAAAAUAUACUGACUAUUUUCAAAUGACAUUUAAACAUUUUUUACCAUAAUUUUUUUUUUCACCUCGGUAAAAUCUUUCGAGUGAAGAGAUAUGAUCUAUCCACCAAGCAUCGGACUCUCUCUAUCGACGAGCUACUGAUCAAAUACUAUAUCCAAAUUGCAUUUUGUAAAUAAAAUAUCAUGAUUUUGGUUUGACCAACCCUAGCUUCUUCCUAGCUUGCCAGUUCUUCACGUAAAAUCCACUCCACUUAUUAUUUCCCCGUUGGGACACUUUGAUAAAUCCGUGCGAUUUUUCUUGGCUGGAUUAGUAUGAAUCUAAAGUCAAUGAUAUAUACAGUAAAAGAAAGGAGAAAAUCAAGGGUCUGAAAGAGAAACAGAGGAGACGUUAAUCUCUUGAGUUGAGCAUCGCCAUCGAGUUUCCGUGUGGCGUUCGGAGUUUGAAUCUUGUCUCUUGCUGGCAAAAUUCCGUCGUCGGCGCCGCCUUUGAAUCAUUCUGGCGGGCCUGAAAUUGAUUGGACUUAAACGGAUAAUACGCCCGGCAGGCUAAUUUAAGCCCAUCAAAUGUUUGGGCUAAAAGGUCGGCCCACCAAUCAAAAGUUGCAUCGUAGAGAGAUACGAGACUGCUAGUCCAAACAAAACUACUCCCACCACAAAAAGGCGGAAGGACCCAAUUCCUCCACAACAAGCGCUUGUUUCCCGGCUCCAAUUCCCUCCCGCGCGGCGCUGCUGCCCAGACGAGUUCUUCUUCCCCAGGAGGAAUGGCGGUCGGUGUCCUCGCCUUACAGGGUUCUUUUAACGAACACAUUUCCGCUCUCGUCCGAUUGGGAGUCAAGGGUGUGGAGAUUAGGAAGCCAGAGCAGCUUGAGAGCGUCAGCUCUCUCAUAAUUCCAGGUGGGGAAAGCACCACCAUGGCCAAGCUUGCCGAGUACCACAACAUGUUUCCUGCUUUGCGCGAGUUUGUGAAAAUGGGGAAGCCAGUGUGGGGGACAUGUGCAGGUCUUAUCUUCUUGGCAGACAAAGCCGUCGGACAGAAACUUGGAGGUCAGGAGCUAGUUGGUGGCCUCGAUUGCACUGUCAAUAGAAACUACUUUGGCAGUCAGAUUCAAAGCUUCGAGGCAGAGCUUGCGGUCCCAAAAAUUGUGAGCCAGGAAGGUGGGCCCGAAACAUUUCGAGGUGUGUUCAUUCGUGCUCCCGCUGUACUUGAAGUCGGACCAGGAGUCGAAGUAUUGGCUGAGUAUCCAGUCCCAUCUGCUAACGUAUUGUAUUCCAGUUCCGGUGUUCAAAUCCAAGAGGAAAAUGCUGUCCCUGAGAAGAAAGUCAUUGUAGCAGUGAAGCAGGGGAAUAUAUUGGGAACUGCCUUCCAUCCUGAGCUCACUGGAGAUACACGAUGGCACACCUAUUUCCUAAAGAUGGCAAACGAAACUGGAUCGAGUACCCUUGUCCCCGCCGUUGAAGCAAAUGCAGCCAUUGGAGAAAGACCGAGGAUUGACCUCCCGGUGUUCCAGUAAGGGCAGCAGCAAUGUCCUGUUACUUAGUUACAGCGGAAGUUCCUUUUCUGCCAGAAGAAACUGGCUUGUCUUUCACACAGAAACCCAGUUAUGCUGAUUCCUUCCUUUAGUUGGGGGGUUGGGAUUAGGGUUAGCCAUGAAUUCUGUCCUUAAAUGUACAUAAUCAGCUCAUUUAUUCUUCUUCUUUUGAAAUGAAUUCCUUGGCAAGGCCAAGCUAUGGAAAUUGAAUGCUGAGGUUUUGCUAACAACAGCAAUAAUAUAGGCUAAACAAGAGUCAUAUUUCAUCUUUGAUCGUUUUCACAUUUGCUUCACAACUGGAUAAUACUGCUUCCGGGAAAAGGAAACAGAGAAUGGUAGUUCUUCAGAAGUCCCAAGGACAACGACCACAACUUCUCCAAACUGCCAAGAAAUUAUACUAAUCAUCCUUCACUAUCAAGGACGAUGACAAUUCCGUAUGUAAUCGUGGGUAUCCAACCUUUCUCGAUGCAGUAUAUGAGUGCAAUCCUAAGAUUGGAUGGACAAUGGGUAUGUGGAAUAUUCGGCAAGAAAUUAGCGGAGAUGUGAUGGCGAUGGUUUUGGUUCCCCGUCUGUCCACCCUCUAUCCUCGUAGUCAAACUCACCCUCAUAGAACCACGUACACUCAAUCAAAUGUAAAUCUAUCCCUUAUCGUGCAUCGAUAUUCCAAAAUACGACAACACUUACACGUAUACGAUGUACGUUUAAGCUCCAACAAAUGAUGUGCUAUCAGUUUAAUGUUAUAAAUUUUAGGUUGAGUGUUGUUUGGUACCUGUAACGUAGAGUUUUACUCAUGAUUAUCCGAAGUCCGCAAAGAUGGGAAUGAGAAUGCGAAAUUUUCCACUCCCAGAGAAUGAGAGUCAAUGUGGUUUAAUUUUUUGUGUUUAAACUAGAAGAUAGACGGAGGACAAAAGGCCAAGCAGAAAUGAUGACAAUAUAGCUAGUAAGUGCUUCGUAUUUCUAUAAAGAGUCCAAAAUGGGAAGUUUGUUAUUUUCUUCCUCUUCUGCUUUUUUGAAACCCUAAUGUGUACGUCAAUGUCUAGUGGAAAUGAUGAAAAGCUUCGAGGAGAAGGUUUCUCUCGUGGGGAGAGGGUUAUUUUUGCGGUGCCUUGCUUGACAAGGCCUCAUCCAAAUCAAAGGACCCAUGACCCAAUCAAGUUGUACUGUAUUU